AUGGCAGUGAUCAAGCUGUAUGGUGGCUGGCCUGUUUACAUUAUUCUACUGGCACUUGGGCAAGUUCUUGGCGCCACAAGUUUUCAGCUGUCUUUGUUAGGUGGGACUAGUUCGCAGCCAACUUUUGAUCUACACGAUUCUAAAUCCAACGGGCAUUGGCUGUGUGAAGAUUAUCGGAUCGAUCUGCCGGUAUGCUUCGAACAGCAUCGAGCCAGCUUCUUGGUAUCUUUCGAUGCCGUGGCUCUUCUCAUAGCCUCAAGUUUUUACGCAUUUGCUACUGCUGCUGGAUUCCGCGAGUUCCCUUUUGCAGCGCUUCUAUCACGGAUCACAUCUGACUCUGCACAUCUGGUGCUUUUCAAAGUCUUCUUCGGCAUCAAUUUUGGAGAAGAGGCCGGAGGAGCGAGUGACACUUGGGUUUUCAGAGCUUGUGUUGUCUAG